GGACGAGUAGUGCCGCGACGUCAUUGCGCGGGGGCGUGUCUUUUGAUGAAAUCAGCUGGGGAAACAACAACAGAAAAGGAGGUGGCUCAGACUGGAACCGAGUGUCUGGGCCAGUAAUGUGUACAUUUUCAAAGUAUAAAAAUGUACUUCUGAGCUCCAAAGGCGUCUUUAGUCACCAGUGGAUGAUUUCAACUGAACCGAGGCUCGUGUAGCUUUGACAAGGCGGCCACGGAACGCAGGAAAAGAGGGUCCUUUUUGUCCCCUUUCAGAUAAACUAUACAUCACAUGCUCUUUGUGCCAAGUGGACCUGAAUACGACCAACUAUUUGUUCUCCCUGCGUGCCCUUGUCCAGUUUGCAAGACCGGCACACCUCCAGAGUGGCAUGUGGGUCAAUUCCGGAACCGUCGGAAGGGCCCUCUCCAUGGAUAUUGACACAGACUAUGAGCGGCCCAAUGUGGAGACGAUUAAAUGCGUGGUGGUCGGGGACAAUGCAGUGGGCAAAACCAGGCUCAUAUGUGCCCGGGCUUGCAAUGCCACCCUCACACAGUAUCAGCUGCUCGCCACCCACGUGCCAACAGUUUGGGCCAUCGACCAGUAUCGUGUAUGCCAGGAGGUGUUAGAGAGAUCUCGUGAUGUUGUGGAUGAGGUCAGCGUGUCCUUGAGGCUCUGGGACACAUUCGGGGAUCAUCACAAGGACAGAAGAUUCGCCUAUGGCAGGUCGGAUGUGGUGGUGCUUUGCUUCUCUCUGGCUAAUCCCAAUUCCCUGCGCCACGUCCGCACCAUGUGGUUUCCGGAGAUCAAGCACUUCUGUCCACGGACGCCCAUCAUCCUGGUUGGUUGCCAGCUGGAUCUCCGCUACGCUGACCUGGAUGCGGUUAAUCGUGCGCGCCGACCCCUCGCCAAACCCAUCAAACCGACGGAUAUCCUGCCUCCCGAGAGAGGCCACGAGGUGGCGAAGGAGCUCGGGAUACCCUACUACGAGACCAGCAUCGUCGCCCAGUUUGGGGUCAAGGAUGUUUUUGACAAUGCCAUUCGAGCCGCCCUCAUCUCCCGCCGUCACCUGCAGUUCUGGAAAUCCCACCUGAAAAAAGUCCAAAGGCCACUUCUCCAGGCACCCUUUCUGCCUCCACGCCCGCCACGCCCCAUAGUGGGAAUUCCAGACCCCCCUCCCUCCGAAGGCGAAGGCCCCGACUCCCUCUUCUGCCACCCACUCUGUGCAGAUGUUGUUUUUCUGCUGCAGGGCGGCUGCGCUCGUGUUUUCGCACACAAAGUAUAUCUGGCUACUUCCUGCUCCAAAUUCUAUGACCUCUUCACCCUUGAACUCGACGCAUCCCGCACGGCGCCACAAGGGGAGCGGGACAAAAGCAAGGAAAGCUCGGACAGUGAGAAGGACGACGAGGUGAGCAGACGGGGAGCCAAGGAGCAAGCCGGGCGCACUAAGAGCCUAGACAUUGAUAAAGACGGGGUCGACGGCGGCGUGCGGGGUCUGAAUCGACCCCCGCUGCUCCAGCGCGGCUCGUUACGGGCCUCCCAGAGUGAUAAUGCACUCCCCUCUCGAGCCCAAUACUCUCUUGGAACUCCUGUGAGUGGCCGGGCACUUUCGGGAUGGGGAAGAGGGUUCUUGAGUGUUUGUCUGGAGCGCGUUGAUGACCCCAUGACUGGACGACCACGACUAAUGACCGUGGUCGUCAUGGAUGCGCUCAUACAAGAGGAACCAUUCAAGGCCGUCCUGCAGUACUUGUACACCGGCAGCCUGGAUGAAGGUCGAGGAGACCUGAUGCAGGUGGCCACCAUCGCUGAGCUCCUCGAGGUGUUUGACCUGCGGAUGAUGGUGGCCAAUGUUCUCAACAGGGAGAGUUUCAUGAACCAGGAGAUAACCAAGGCGUUCCACGUCCGCAGAGCCAACCGCAUCAAGGAGUGUCUUAACAAAGGCACCUUUGCUGAUGUGGUGUUUCGGCUGGACGACGGCUUCCUCCCGGCCCACAAGCCCCUGCUCAUCUCCAGCUGUGACUGGAUGGCGGCCAUGUUCCGUGGCUCGUUCAUGGAGAGCUACAUUGAGGAGGUGCCCAUCCCGACCACAAGUACCGCGUGUAUGCGAGGCGUGUUGGAGUUCUUGUACUGUGCCAUGCUGACACCGUGUCCUGAUUUGGAGGCCAUUGAACUAAUAGUGGUGGCCAACCGGCUUUGUUUACCACGUCUGGUUGCACUCACGGAGCAGCACGCUGUUGAUGAGCUUCUGCAGUUGGUCGCGAAAGGAGUUGACAUCGACGGACACGUCUUGGCUUAUUUGGAGCUUGCUCAGUUCCACAAUGCCAAGCAGCUAUCUGCCUGGUGCCUCCAUCACAUCUGCACUAACUAUAACAGCAUCUGCCGCAAGUUUCCCAAAGACAUGAAGGCCAUGUCUCCAGAGAACCAGAAGAGUUUUGAGAAGCAGCGCUGGCCCCCCGUUUGGUUCCUGAAGGAGGAGGACCGCUACUUGCGCUCGCAGAAGGAGCGCGAGCACGAGGAGGAGAUCUUGCGCAAGCAGCACACCAAGCGAAGCUGGUGCUUCUGGAGACAGCCGUCCUCUUCGCCGCACGUCUCCUAGGUGGCAACAGAAGAGGUCCCAGUUCGACCCCACCUUCCUUCCCCCAAAUCUCUCUCUCGAUGCAAACCUGACUCAGUGGUAAGAGGGAAUGUACUGUAUUGUGCCUCUUUACAACCGCGAGAGUUCAGUUCUGCCUAUGUAAUGGCAUCGCUAGGCCCAAGUGCUUCCCUGACCCACGGAGGCCCGUGUGGAGCAGCAGCACACUUCCCUGGUCCCCCCCACCCCCACACAAGAGCUUCAUCCCGUCCAUCUUGUGAUUGGACUGGGAGCAAGGGCUGUCAAUAUCUCCUCGUCACAACCUUCUGUCUUGGUCAGCUCCAUUUUGGUUUUAGUUUGACUUGGAGAAUCGGUUUUGGGGGCGAGGGGGCAGCUCACUUUUGCCUUUCACUUCUACUAUACAGACUGUUAGCGUGCACACACAGACUCUUUGCCCACGAUCUACCUUUCUACAACCAGCACUGGAUAUCCAGGAAGUGACACAAUGUAACUAAGUAUUUUGAUACAAGUCAUGCUUUUUUUUUUUGUAAAUCCCUUGCACCUUUUUACACGACUCUCAUUCGAGGGAAGUCAAUCGACUUCCUCCGAAGAAGGGUCCAUGAUUGUUUUGACAGUUGAAUUGGAGCACAUUUUUUAAAAUUGAGAGCAAACCCUGAAGUUCACAUCAUCUGGUUUGUUGACAAUGUGCACCUUCCACACCCCUCCCCCCCAAAAAAACAAAAAAUAAACAAGCUCACCUUGACGACUCGCCGAGCUGCACUUCAGAGACUUUCCAAGUGACCACUCAAUUGCGUUGACGGGGAUACGGAGCCUUAUUUGACGCCUCUUCCUGGAGGAAUGACGGAUACAGUAUUAAACACAAGCAUCUGUUACGUCCAUCACCGCCGCGAGGCUGCAUGGAAGUGUCUCAGCAAGCCUGCCUUUACACCACUGCACCACUGGGGGCAGCACUGCUCAGGGCGCCCCCCGGCACUACACAGGAACACUUUUUAUGCCUGUGACUUAUACGUUGUUGGCUCUAGUAUUGUACAAGGAGUAUUACGGCCACACGGAACAAAUAAUAUUUCCACUAAAAUUUGAGUAAAGUCGUCGUAUUUACCCACAUAAACAUUUUUAAAUCUUUGUACAUUUCGAAAAGCUCUACAGUAUACAAAACUAAUUUUUAAGCAUCAAAUGUCAUUUUUAGUCUAUUCUGCCGUCCACUUAAAAAUGGAAAGCGGGCCGCAAAUGGCCGCGGACCAUUGUUUGGACACCACUGGUGUAUUGCUUCACAGAAUGGCAGCAAAUUGAUGCUGGUCUCUAAAUGAAUGUGUGUAUACGUCUCAACACACUUCAACGUACUUCCUGGACACCAAGAUUCCAGCAAAUCGUACCUAAGAAAAAAAAACAACAAUGAAAAUUUGUUUUUCAGCAAAUGAUAGAGGAUAAGUUAAUAAUGUAAAAAUAAAUGAGCAAAUGCAAAGAUCAGGUGGGUUCGCUAAAUUCCGUUCUCUUUAGAUAUUUAAAAUUCUUUAUUAGACUUUUCACCUAAUACAGUACUUCUUGCCUCGCGCAUGCAAAUAAAAACCACUUUAUUUUCAUAAUACGGUUUGUUUGUUGAGACAUUCUUGUCCCAGCAUGCCAGACUUUUAAUUGUUUCCGACGUCUAUCUCAAAUUAAAACGUUUUUUUUUCCUCGUAGUAUGACGUUAAUCCCUUCAACGCAACUUUUUAUCUCGCAAUAUUACGGCUUUAUUGUCAUAGUCUCCAUUUUGUUUUCAAUUUGGCCCGAGUACUCCUUUUGUUGGUAUGUACAGUAUUGUGAGGAUUGUUCAAAGGAAGCAAGAGCACAUGCAACACGUUAUUCAGUGCAUUUAUGAACUCUGUUCACCUCACUCUGAAUACCAAAGCUGUGAUUCUCUUUCUUCCCCACUUUUCUUCACUCCUGCUUCUCUUGCAUCCUUGUUGCAAAGACGGCGACGCGUCAGAUAAGUGGUUUGUAGUGCAAGGCACAGGAUGGUAUAUGAAUCCCUCCUCAGGAGGGGGGGGAAAAAAAAUCACUUUGCCUUCCGUUCCCUUUGCUGGAAUCCAAAAUGGUGCUCAAGACACAAUACAACACACAACCACAUUAGUUUUCAGUUUCUAGUGUGUGUCCUCUUCAAUGAAAAGUGCAGCAAGUUUCCAACAAGUUCAUUUAGUUGUAUGUGUUCUUACUCUGUGUUUCAAAAAAACAAAACAAAAAAAAGUGAAUUGAUUUUUAGAAUGUGUAGUGUUCGGAUUUUACGCACGUUGGGAGAUUGUUUUCUCCAUCCAAUGUGUUGGUUUGAUGUAUACACGCAAGUGUGAGCAAAGGGAAAGAGAGAUUUUUUUUUUCUGGGCUUUAGCUUAGAAAGCGAUUUUGAUGUGACGGUUUGAGUCACGUGGGUUGCAUGUCCCUGUUCUCCACAGGAGCCGCAAUAAAAGUCCUGAAAUAGAAUUUGAAUUGGAUCUCACGAGAGCCAAGUGAGAACCAAGCCAAUUUUUCAGUGAGGGGAGAAGAAAAAAAAAAAGCAGAGUAAAAGGCAAACAUUGCCUUGCAUCUUUUGUGCUCAUCCUAGUUCAGGGCUUUUGGGGAAUUUUGAAAGAUGACCAGAAGAGUUUCGAAUUGAACAGAUUGUGAUGGCUUCUAUUUAUCUUCUGAAUUAUUGGUAUGGCCUAAUUAGCCUCUUCUCUCAGUCCCACGUGCCUUAUAUCGGACAAAAUGAGUCAACAUUUGGGUAGCAGGCUAUUUCUGUCAAUAGGUUGUGGGUCAAACAUUAGCCCACAGUAGAAUCGCAACUUCAUUUUCCAAGCAGAUGAUUUUUGAAUUAAUCUCUGCGGUGAACUCCUGGCCCCAGAUUAUUGUUUUUAUGUGGAUUAUUUGGAUGGAGAAAGAUUCACCACAUGGAUAGAAGGCCAUAGAGUGGUUGUGAUUAAAAAAAAUAGUGCCAGGCUGAUUCCUGAAGUGAAUUGAUCAUAUAUUUUCAAAGGUAAUCUACACUGUUAUUGAAUGAAGCCUGUGUUAGGAGGGGGGCAGCCACUUCAUAGUAUCCAAUAAUGUCACUUAGCAAAGAAAAACAUCUCUUUGGUCUUUGUUCUUGUCUGUGACCUUUCUGUGCUUAGCAUGACUCGUUCCGGAUGUUUGUAGCACACGUUUUUCACUUUGGAUUGACCUAAAUCAAUGACCUUUUUUUUUUUUACAAGCUCUGACUUUUGUACACUUUCACUCGGCACGUUGAAAUAUUUAAUGUUGUCAUUAAAAAUAAUAACAUGCAGGGACAUUUAUAAACACGUUUCAAAAAGUGAGAGGCAAUCAUCAAAGCAAACGGUGCAGGUGAUUUGUGAUAUUUUAAAGGUUUUCUAAACUAGGGGUUGUCCACGAGAGUUGUAGAUCUGGUUCGCCGUCUGAUUCCUCAAACACACACACACACACACACGAACACACAAAUAGGAGCUGUUUUUCAAAAGUGUAUUCUAGCGUCUGUUCCCUUUACCCCUUUUUUUAACAAUUAAAUGGGAAGUAAAAUUGGAUUUGCAUGCAGUCAAUAAUAGUGAAAUUGUGGGAUGGCAUCCAUUUUUCUGGGUCUCCUCUCACUACACAGGAGUGUUUUUUUUUCAUGUUUUGUUUUCCAUCAGGAACGAACGUCACUUAAAUAUGCUCAUGGGGGGGAAUGUCUAUUCAAAUGCGAUGAGUGUUAAUUGGAGGACAGAAAAAAACAAACAAAAGUAAAAUGUUGUGAGUAUCAAGUCAGCUAUCUGACAGGCCAAAGUUACACUGUACACGAUGUCAUGUCGUUGUCAUCGCGGUUUUUACUCUGAGCGCAACCACCUCGUUGUGUGUCUCCGUUCAUGUGCCUUGAGCGAAAUGUUCACACUUGUAACCCUAGUUUUGGGGACCGCUGCUGUACAGGCUGACCACCACUACCAUGCUCCACUUCUAGUUAAUUAAGCCAAAAAGUAACCCCACGCAGACAUAAUGUUCGGCAGCUUGGAGUAUUUUGUUAUAUUUUCUUUUUGCAAAGUAAAACAGCAGAGAGGACACAAGUUUUUCUUUCUUGUUGUUGUCGUGUUAUCUGCUCGAGUUACGCAACAGUUGAGUCGCGAAGCAACCCUGCACACCAGCAGUUCUCAAUUGAGGUCUCUGCACUCCCUAUGAGGUGCCUGCACUUUUCUAUGAUGUAGCCUAUAAUGAAACCUUCUGUGAUCAACACGCUCGAGUCUUUAUAUGACAAGGUUUUGCCAUCAGAACUCACUUGUUUUGACUUUGUCAUCCGCAUUCAUUACAGUAUUACCGUAUCCCUGCUCCAAUCUUUAGAUGCGGUGUGACUUAUCACGUAGGAUUUUAAAUGCAAACAUUUGCUGUGACAACUAUGUAUAAAAUCAUGCUUGCUUUAACAAAUUCAGAUAGUUGUGAUCCAAAGUGAAGUCCAGUAUUUGGGAAGAAGAAUGUCAUGUGAGAGCUGCGGAGGAUUGGCUGCCUAGUAUUGUGGUGCGCAUUUGUUCCCAUGUGACUUUUAUUAACCUCCACUGCUCAUAUGUAUUCCCAUAAAAAUAAAGAGCACACGCAUCACCUUCACUUAUGACUGACUGUUAAGGGCUUUCAAAAAGAAGAAAAAAAAGAGUUAAUUAAACAAUCAUAAUGUUUGCUACUGUUUGCAAAGAUGUUUUGAAACGGUUUGUUAUGUUUUUGAACCGCUAUGAUGGUUUGUUAUAUUUUUUGAACCGCUAUGAUUUGUACAAAAUUACCUUCUUUUUUGGGGGGGCCAUUUCAGUAUUUUGAUGUUUGACAUGGAUUUUAUUAAAACGGUUAACCUUUUGAA